CUCGUGAUCUGUAAAAGCACUGUCAGCCCGUUCUUUUCCUAAGCGCUUUCUCAGGGUUACAAGUCUUGCUGGAAUUUCUGCGCUUGUUUUCUUAAAUCAUAGUUGCUCCAAAUUACCAUCGAUCCCUAUAAACCAUGUUGGCACUUCGUACCCAAGGAUUCAGGCAUAUUACCCGAGCAAUAGGGACUAGAUCCCUGAGUUUGCCUCCGAAUGAGCCUCUGACUGAUGUUGGGGCCAACAGAAGUAAGAUUGAUGCAGCAAUUAAGAAGGUCCAGAGUGAGACCGUGGAAUUACCUGUCCUGUGUGGCGGUGAAAAGGUUUACACAGGAAAUGUCAAAUACCAAGUUUCACCAUUUGAUCAUUCCAACAAGAUUGCCAAGUAUCAUGUUGCUGAUGAGGCACUUGUUAAGGAGACCAUCAAACGGGCAGUGGCUGCUAGAAAAGCAUGGGACAGAACACCUUUUGAAGAAAGGGCCAAGAUCCUUUUGAAAGUUGCUGACAUGAUCAGUGGAAAAUAUCGAUUUGAGACUAUUGCAAACACUAUGGUUGGUCAGGGAAAAACAGUUUUUGAAGCAGAUAUUGAUGCAAUAGCAGAGCUUGCAGACUUCUACAGAUUUGCAGUUCACUAUGCAAGGGAAAUGCUACAAGGACCUGAGCUUCAUCAGCCAAAGGGAGUUAGCAACAAACUACAGUACAGAGGUCUUGAGGGCUUUGUAGCUGCUGUAUCACCAUUCAACUUCACAGCUAUUGGAGGGAACUUGGCUGGAACACCAGCACUGAUGGGCAAUGUCGUACUGUGGAAACCAGCCUCAACAGCUAUUCUGUCUCAGUACAGAGUAAUGGAGAUGUUCCAAGAAGCUGGUCUUCCAGAUGGUGUUAUCAACUUUGUACCAAGCUCUGGAUCAACUUUUGGCAAUGCCAUGACAACAUCUCCACACCUUGCUGCUGUCAACUUCACAGGAAGUGUGGACACUUUCAAGAGAAUAUGGAGGAUGGUCACUGAUAACCUUGACACAUACCGAACAUACCCCAAACUUGUAGGAGAAUGUGGAGGAAAGAACUACCACUUUGUCCACAUGUCUGCUGACCUUGAUGUAGUUGUCAACAGCACAAUACGUGCUGCCUUUGGUUACCAGGGACAGAAGUGCUCGGCAUGCUCAAGACUUUAUGUGCCAAAGUCAAGAUGGCCUGAGAUUAAAGAAGCCCUACUUGCAGAAUUGAAAACAGCGAAGAUGGGAUCACCUGUUGACAUUGAUAACACAUUUAUGACAGCUGUGAUUGAUGAAGCGUCGUUUGAUAAUAUAAAAACCUACCUUGACUUCUGCAAAAGCAGUGAUGAGAUCACAGUGCUUGCCGGUGGAAACUGCGACAAAAGUGUGGGAUACUUUGUUGAGCCAACCAUUGUAGAGACAAGCAACCCUUACAACAAGAUGAUGAAAGAGGAAAUCUUUGGCCCUGUGGUUUGCGCGUAUGUCUACCCAGACGAGAAAUACAAGGAAAUGAUGGAUGUUGUUGACAACACCAACGAGUUCAGUCUGACCGGUGCAAUAUUUGGAGAAGACCCAACGUUCAUCGAGGAAGCACGUGAUGCGUUGCGGGAGUCUUGUGGUAACUUCUAUGUUAACGACAAGUGCACCGGCUCCGUGGUCGCUCAGCAGCCGUUUGGUGGCGCCCGAAUGUCAGGCACGAACGACAAAGCGGGUGGCCCGAUGUACCUUGGAAGAUGGGUGUCUCCCCUUAGCGUCAAAGAAGCGUACGAGCCCCAGGGCUCGUGGAGAUACCCACAACUCAAGUGAAGUUUUCAAGGACUGGUGUUGGCGCCAAAUCCUCCUGUAUAUCUACCCUAGUGUCCCGGCGGGGUUUUCUAGCGUACUGCCCUGAUGGAAUUGUCUAGCCUACUGCACCAAGGGGGUCCUAGCCCUCAUGGAACAUUUUUAAUAUAUUUAAUGGACAGUUUAAAAAGGCAAUUUAUAUGACGAGAAUCCCUCUGAAUGCCAGUGGUUAAAAUGGUGUGCAGUUCAGUGUCGAUCAGUAUAUGGGUUAAAGAAGUUAAACAAUAAAUACUAUCACUAGUA